AUGUCGAAUAUUUUUGCGGUGGUGUCACGAAUGGGCAUUACGCUUGGAUUUAAAUACCACGAGUGCGAAGCACGAGUGGUAUUUCCAAGCGAAAUGCCCAUGAGUGGAACCACGGCAAAAAUAUACGACUUAACUUUGGCUACGCAUGCAUGGCGUGGUGGUGAAGGAGCCAGUUGUUUCACAUACUAUUUUAAGCCAGAAAUUGACAAUAAAGGACUUACUACAGGCCGGAUUGAAUAUAAUCCUGUCUUUUCUAAAACAGCACAAGGUGGUUCAAAACCACUAACAAGUAGUAAAUGGUUAACGAAAAAUAAAGACAACCCCAACCUCUGCCCCGUUAGGCUGUAUCAUCUACUAAUGAUGAAAAGAAGAAAUAACAUAAACACCGACAGAAUGUUUUUAACACCCAAUCCUUUUUGGAACAAAAUACAAAAUGCAGUGUGGUACAAAAAUAGUCCCGUUGGAGUUAAUGAAAUUGGUAAAUGGGUAAAGUCGUUAGCAAUAGUGACUGGUUUAGAUAUUAAAAGAAGGAAAAUAUCGAAUCAUUCUGUGCGCUCAUCAGCGGUGUCUGCUUUGGCUAAAGCUGGAGUCGAAGAACAGCAGUUGAUGAAAAUCACAGGACACCAGAACGUUAACUCAAUUAAACCAUAUUUGCAACUCGACGAUGAACAUCACAAAUCAAUUAUUAAUAAAAUACGAAAUAAUUCACUUCUUGUUUAUUACAAAACUGUACGAAUGUAA